AUGGAGGGAAGCUUUGAUGAGGCAGUCAAUGGUGUUGAUGGAGCCUUACACAUCGCCUCUCGGAUAUGUUCUAAGUGGAACAAGGAGUUCCGCUUCCGUUUUGACGCCUCACAAAUCUCUCAACUUAACGAAUCACAUUGGAGCGAUCUUGACUACUGCAAACGGUUCAAGAAAGGGAGUUACAACCAAAAGAGUGGAGACUGUCCAGACGGCUCUAUCGAGAAGGCAGCGCCCAAACCGCGCAGUCCGGCUGGCCGAGAAACUAAUGCUCCGCGCUCGGCCAAAUUCACAUCCGUCCGACUGAAGUCUUUUACAACAGCUAAGCAUACUUCAAAGGAUGUUCUGGAGUAUGUUCACUCUGAUUUGUGGGGUUCUCUACACGUGACACCAAGCUUGUCUAAGUGUCAAUACUACAUUUCGUUUGUGGAUGAUUUCUCUAGAAAGGUAUGGAUCUUUUUUCUCAAAACAAAAGAUGAAGCAUACUCAAAGUUUGUUGAAUGGUUGGCGUUUGUUGAGAAUCAAAGUGGAAAGAAGCUGAAGGCAUUACGGACAAAUAAUGGCUUGGAAUAUUGCAACAAAACCUUUGAUGACUUUUGCAGAGCUAAAGGGAUUAUGAGACAUAAGACAUGUCCUUAUACUCCCCAACAAAAUGGAGUGGCUGAGAGGCUGAAUAGAACCAUUCUAGAGAAGGUGAGGAGUUUGUUAAGUGAAAUGGGACUGAAGGAGUCUUUCUGGGCAGAAGCUUCUUCAACGGUGGUUUACAUGAUCAAUAGAACUCCUUCUACACCACUGAAUUUUCGAAUUCCAGAAGAGAUUUGGUCAGGUAAAAAGCCAGAAUAUUCACAUAUGAGAAGAUUUGGAUGUUUGGUUUAUUACCAUGUUGAUCAAGGGAAGUUAAAGUCUAGAGCAAAGAAGGGAAUUCUCAUGGGGUAUCCACAUGGAGUCAAAGGAUACAGAAUCUGGAGUAUUGAUGAAAGAAAAUGCAUCAUCAGAAAGAUGUUAUUUUCUGUGAAGGCAUACUAUAUAAGGAUGUAG